AUGAAACCAGGAUUAAAUGAGAAAUACCGGCUGUUCGUUCCGACCUUCUGUAGCCGUAGCCACCACCUCUGCACUUGUACACGAGUCCGAGUUGCUUGCAAUGUGGUGUACUUUCCUCUGGCAAUGUACGUUUGCGUAGAACAGAUUAGAUAAUUAGAUUAUGUCCUGUCCAAGUGUUCCAUGUUCCGUAUAUGACCAGGCGUGUAUGGAAGUAAAGUUAACUUUGAUCUCGUAUGUAACAUGGCGACAUUGCCAAUCUUCGCAUCAGCCGACCUACGCUGCAGCUAUGGU